ACUACACUACACUGCACUACAUUACACUAUACUACAAUACACACUGCACGACACGGUACGAAUACUACACACCUCCAAGAAGGAGCUGAAGAGCACACCGCCACACCCACAUCUGAUGUGAUCUAGGAGUGGCCGAGCACAAGACAAACUCUGGAAUCAUUCAUUCGGCCGCAGCCAGUCUCCACGACAAGGGAGGUCCAUUCAUGCUACCACCCCCACCCGGCCCCCAUUCUGUUUUCUUGGAUCCCUCCCUGCUCUGCCACACUGCCAUUUCUUGCCCAUAAAAAUUUCAAACCCCUGACACUUGCUCCCCAUAUUAACUCAUCCUCUCCGCCGUUUGCCCGGCCCAUCAUCGGAGCAAGCAAUGUGCCCCAGAGCGACGCCUCAGCACGGUGGCGGCGCUGCAAUGGCGAGAGCAGCAGCCGCCGCCGCGGUUGCUGCUAGCGCGCGUUCGUUCGAGGAGGAGGAGUACAUCGACCUGGAUCUCAGCUCUUGCAGGGAGUUCGAGUUCCGGAUGCGCCGGAGCAGCACGGACGAGCUGCUCUGCCGGGGCACGAUGGCGCCGCACCUGCACCACAAGACCGUGACGAGGUCGGGGGCCAAGCUGCAUGAAGCUGAUGCCGGCAGCGGCGGCUGUGGCGCCGGCAGGAGGAGCGCCGCGACGGUCGCUCCGCUGCAGCAUUCGCAUUCUGCGGGGUUCCGCGACGCGCAGCCGGCGGCGAGGCUGCGCGCGGAGGGGUCCCGGCGCAGGAAGGUCGCGAGGACGGUGCACGCGAAGCUGCAGGCGUCGCGGGCCUUCUUCCGGUCUCUGUUCGCCAGGACCUCUUUCUCCGACGAGCAAUGCCGUGGCGCUACCGUCCGGGCUAGGACCAGGGCGACGCCAUUUGGCCAGACCAAGAGCAGCAGCUGCUGCAAUGCGCCAUUCGGCCAAAUCAAGAACGGUCAUGGCAGCAGCAGCAGUGGCAGGGCAGCGCCGACCACCCUGAGGAGCAGCAUCGAGCAGGAGAAGCUGAUGGACGAGGAGGAUCUCGCCGCAGCCGCCGUCCGCCAGCGGAAGUCCUUCUCCGGCGUGAUCAAAUGGCGACACGCCACGACGACGCCUGCCGCGGCACCGGCGAAGCCGCUGUCUUCGUCUUCAGCGAGGAGCUCCGCGGGCGUCGGGGGCCCGGCGCUGAAGAGGAGCAGCAGCGCCCGGUCAGAGUCGGAGGGGCUGAUCCAGGGCGCCAUCGCCUACUGCAAGCGGUCGCAGCAGCAGCUCGGACUCGCCAGGAAGAGCGUCAGCGACGCCGCUCUCUGCUCCUUCCUGGCCUAGCAACCCAACCUGAUCGGCUCAUCAGCUGUAGCUUACUGCUACCGGUGGCGUGUGCAAGAAGGGCUUUCCAAAUAGGAGUAGAUCACAAUAUUGUGAAGGUGUCCUCUCUUUUCUCGCUUACGCCGAUCAAUCCCUCUCAUGUGCAUUUCACACCUUUUUUCAUCUCAUCUUGCGAGCCAAAUUCUUCAUGUAAAAACAAAAGAAUUUCAGAAAGCCCGAUGGUUUGUGUUCGUAACAUCAGAAAACCUCACGCAUAUUGAC